AGUACGGGCCCAAGAAUUAUCGCGAGAGCAGCUCUGGUCAGGUAAGUAUCGGGGGCGUUCCACGAUUAAGGGGCAGUUAUGACGGUGGCCUAGGAACGUUCUCUUGGCUUUCCUUUCGGGGACCUAGAGGAACUCUGCUACAGAGCUGGAUCGGCCUUCGCGCUGAGAAGACCUCAUUCCUGAGAUCAGGCCUCACCUGGAUACGCCCAGAUUUUCUUGAAAAUUAAUUUAUUAAACUGGUUAUGCUGCUGUACAUUAUUUUUGGAUUGCUCAUACAUUUUGUGUUCUUCGCCUCCAUCUUUGACAUUUAUUUUACAUCUCCUUUGGUUCAUGGAAUGACUCCUCAGUUUACGCCAUUGCCUCCCCCAGCAAAAAGAUUAGUGCUGUUUGUUGCUGACGGCCUGCGAGCAGAUAAACUUUAUGAAUUAGAUGAAAAUGGAAAUUCUAGGGCACCAUUUAUUAGGGAUAUCAUAAUGCAUAAAGGCAGCUGGGGGAUAUCUCACACACGUGUGCCAACUGAAUCCCGGCCAGGCCAUGUAGCCCUGAUAGCAGGGUUUUAUGAAGAUGUCAGUGCAGUUGCCAAAGGAUGGAAGGAAAAUCCUGUAGAAUUUGAUUUCCUUUUUAAUGAAACCAAUUACUCAUGGAGCUGGGGAAGUCCAGAUCUCUUGGUUAUGUUUUCCAAAGGGGCUAAAAGAAAUAAUGUUUUUCCAUGUAGUUAUGAUGCCAGCAGUGAAGAUUUUGGUGCCCAGGAUGUAACAAAACUGGAUACCUGGGUUUUUGAUAAUGUUAAGGAACUCUUUCGUGGUGCCAGAAACAAUCAAUCUUUGUUUUCUAAACUAAAUGAAGACAAAAUAGUUUUUUUCUUACAUUUAUUAGGAAUAGAUACAAAUGGACAUGCUCACCGACCAUCAUCAAGGGAUUAUUUGGAUAAUAUUAAAAUAGUUGAUGAUGGAUUGAAAGAAAUUGAAUCUACUCUUAAAGAUUUUUAUGGAAAUGAUGAGAAAACAGCAUUUAUCUUUACCUCUGAUCAUGGAAUGACAGACUGGGGUUCCCAUGGGGCUGGUCAUCCUUCAGAGACUAAUACUCCUUUUGUCACUUGGGGAGCUGGAAUCAAGUAUCCUCAAAGAGUGUCAGCUCAGAAAUUUGAUGACACAUAUUUGGAAGAAUGGAAAUUGGAGAACUGGAAGAGGCACGAUGUCAAUCAGGCUGAUAUUGCACCAUUGAUGGCUUCUCUUAUUGGAGUUCCCUUUCCUCUUAAUUCAGUGGGGAUCCUUCCUGUGGAUAUAUUAAACACCACUGACCUCUUCAAAGCAGAGAGCAUGUUUACAAAUGCAGUACAGAUCCUUGAACAAUUCAAGGUGAAAAUGACUCAGAAAAAAGAAGCUACUUUAUCGUUUUUGUUUACACCCUUUAAGUCACUUUCUGAUUCUAAGCAGAUCAACAUUUUAAGAAAAGCAAGAUCUUAUAUAAAACAGAAGAAGUAUGAUGAAGCAGUCUCCCUUUGCAAGGAGCUGAUUAAUCUUGCAUUAAAAGGAUUGUCCUAUUAUCACACUUACGACAGAUUCUUUUUGGGCUUCAAUGUUGUUCUUGGUUUUGUGGGAUGGACAUCUUAUGCUUCUUUAUUGAUCAUCAAGUCUCAUUGCAACCUUACCAUAGGUGUUAGUAAAGAAGUCAAGAAACCAAGCCAUCUCCUGCUUUGUAGUUUUGUAGCUCUUGGCCUUUUAGUGGCACUUUUCCUGCUGCUUCAAGCCUGUCCCUGGACUUACUAUGUCUAUUGUUUGCUGCCAUUGCCAAUAUGGUAUGCCGUUCUAAGAGAAUUUCCAGUUAUUCAAGACUUUGUCACAUUAUUGUUGACCAACCCUCCAAAUCACUUUGUUGGAUACUUGUUACUCUUUAUCCUGGGAGUUGAAGUAUUAGUUGUCAGUUUUUUCUACCGCUAUAUGCUUACAGCUGGACUCAUCGCAUUUGCAGGUUGGCCAUUUAUCACUCCACUGUGGACUCGAGCAAAGAGCACCUCACUGAGUUGGAUUUUCUUCUGUUUGCUCCUGGCAGUGUUCCCACUGAUGCCUGUUGUAGGACGAAAGCCAGAUAUCUUUCUAGUAAUGGGUGCAGGCCUGCUGGUUCUUCUGCUAUCCCUGCUUGUUUUAACGUCUGUCAUAAGAAGAAAAAAUGGUUUUGUAAAUGAAGAGCUGGUGUUAUAUCUAUUACAGAUGCUGAGUGUGGUGGUUUCCAUUUGUGUUGUAUAUGGCACCCAUAAUAGUCUACUCAAGAAACAAGGUCUGCCUCUUAUUAAUCAGAUUGCUAGCUGGAUAAUAUUAGCCUCUUCCUUGGUCAUACCUCUACUGAGUCCUCCGAUUCUGUUUGAUCGAUUAUUUAGCAUUCUUCUUUCCUUGAUGUCGACCUACCUACUUCUAAGCACGGGGUAUGAAGCUCUUUUUCCAUUAGUACUGUCAUGUUUGAUGUUUGUCUGGAUAUACAUGGAACAAGAAACCCUGCAGCAAUCUGGUAUUUCCUGUAAACAGAAGCUUUCCACUAUCCAGUUCACCUGUAAUACUGAUUUAACCCAGUUUCGAGAUUUCUCUCUGGAUGACAUCCGUAGGGCCUUUUUCCUUGUUUUCUUCUUAGUGACAGCCUUUUUUGGAACUGGGAAUAUAGCUUCUGUUAACAGCUUUGAUCUUGCCUCUGUCUAUUGCUUUCUGACCGUAUUUAGUCCUUAUAUGAUGGGAGCCCUGAUGAUAUGGAAGAUUUUAAUCCCCUUUGUUUUUGUGAUGUGCGCUUUUGAAGCUGUUCAGUUAACUACCCAGUUAUCAUCAAAAAGUCUUUUUCUCAUGGUUAUCAUCACAUCAGACAUUAUGGCUUUGCAUUUUUUCUUCCUUAUCAAAGAUUUUGGCAGCUGGCUUGAUAUCGGAACAAGUAUCAGCCACUACGUGAUUGUCAUGUCCAUGACCAUCUUUCUGAUGUUUCUCAAUGGCCUGGCACAGAUACUCACAACAAAGAAACUCAAACUGUGGGGCAGACCCAAAAGCCACCUGAUAUGAUGUUGCCAAAGCCAUCAUUCAGCAUCCAGAUCCUGUUUUUCAUUCAGCUUGUCAACUAAAAUCUUAUCGAGGAUUCGUUCAGAAGAUGGAUAAUGAUAUAUCACAUAGUCUGCUCAUAUAAAGGAAAUUAUAUAUCGAUUCUGAAUUUAUAGGUUACCUGGAAUAAAGGAGCUUCCAUUCUCUUUAGGUUCCACCUGUAUGAAAUAGUGGUUAUGUCUGUGGACAAGCAGAGUAAAGCAUUCUCCAUUUUCA